GUUAUUGUCUCCCCAGGUUUGCUGACAUGCUUCAAAGUGAGCCCCAGCUACAUCAAUUACGUGUGUGUGUGUGUUUCCUCAGGUGUUCUGACCCUCUCUGGUGUCAGCCUGUACAUCAGUUACUCCCAACAGGCGAUGGCUGAGACUGAGAGGCUGGUGGGGGCUGAGCGUUUGGCCCAGGUGGUCAGCACCUCUUUCGGCUGGUCCCUCGGCCUGGCCUGGCUCUCCUUCUGCCUGGAGGUCCUCGCUGGCCUGCUGCUGCUGCUAGCUGCCCGCCUAGCCACCCUGCAGCACGGACCUGCCACCCUGCAGCACGGACCCUCCCGCCUAGCCACCCUGCAGCACGGACCACAAGGCCACGGCUGGCCUCUCCAUGUUGUAACCUAACCCAAGAGGCAGAUGUCACAAGAACUGGAUAACCAACUGGCCCUGAACUGUACCUUACAUUUUCUAAUGAUUUGUAUGUGCUCGUAUCUGGCACCACAAAUUAAGUUA